AUGUGCCCGCCGUCCCGGGCACCCGGUCCUCGGACCCGGAGCCGGAGCCCGCGCGGGACGGCGCCGCCGCUGCUGCCCCAGCUGCUGCUGCUGCUGCUGCUGCCGGCGGCCUGCACAGCCCAAGGUGUGAUUGUGGGGGGCCUCUUGGGAGCCUCUGAACCGCCAACAAGAACCAGGGACCAUCCUGGCAGGUACAAGAUCGUCAGCCCCUCCCUUCUGAAUGGAGAGCCAUGGAGUCCACUCAGUAGCAUCCCACCUAAGGAUCACCCAGUGCGACUGAGUUUUCGAAUCGAAGUGGAUGGUAAGGAGCUGAUCAUACACCUGGAGAGAAAUGAAGGCCUGUUGGCGGACAACUUCACAACAACCCAUUACCGGGAAGACAGCACCGAUGUCUCCUCGGCACAAAAUUACCCGGGUCACUGUUACUACCAUGGACAUGUGCAAGGACAUCCUGAUUCGAUGGUCAGCCUCAGCACUUGCUCUGGACUCAGGGGACUUAUUCUGUUCGGAAACCAAGCCUUCAUCUUAGAGCCAUUGAAGGAUGCUGCAGGUCAACACAAGUUCCAGCCAGCAGAGACUCUGAAAACCGCCUGGGGGGCAUGUGGACAGCAGCCUCUCAACAUCUCAGGCAGGACCAUGGAUGGCACGCAGUGGUCCCCUCACUCGUUUACAAGGAGGCACAAACGGGAAACCCUGAAAACAACCAAGUAUGUGGAGCUUGUGAUCGUGGCAGACAAUCGAGAGUUUCAGAGACAAGGAAAAGAUGUAGAGAAAGUUAAGCAGCGUUUAAUAGAGAUUGCCAAUCAUGUGGAUAAGUUUUACAGACCGCUGAACAUUCGAAUAGUAUUGGUUGGAGUCGAAGUCUGGAAUGAUAUUGAUAAGUGCUCCAUCAGCCAGGACCCGUUUGCAAGUCUUCAUGAAUUUCUGGACUGGAGAAAGAUGAAGUUGCUGCCUCGUAAACCCCAUGACAACGCACAGCUUGUAAGUGGGGUUUACUUCCAAGGGACAACCAUUGGAAUGGCGCCCAUAAUGAGCAUGUGUACAGCUGAGCAAUCUGGAGGUGUAGUCAUGGAUCACUCUGACAGCCCUGUGGGUGCAGCCGUCACCCUCGCCCACGAGCUCGGCCACAACCUGGGCAUGAAUCACGACACCCUGGAGCGGGGAUGUCACUGUCAGGCAAUGGUUGAUAAAGGAGGCUGCAUCAUGAACCCGUCCACCGGCUAUCCAUUCCCUGUGACGUUCAGCAGCUGCAGUCAGAGGGACCUGGAGUCUAGCCUGGAGAAAGGGAUGGGCAUGUGCCUCUUUAACCUGCCAGACGUCAAGGAAUCCUUUGGGGGCCAGAAGUGCGGCAACGGCUACGUGGAGGAAGCCGAGGAGUGUGACUGUGGGGAACCAGACGAAUGUACCAAUCCAUGCUGCAACGCAACGACCUGCACCUUGAAGCCAGAGGCCGUGUGUGCCCACGGACUCUGCUGUGAAAACUGCCAGCUGAAGCCCGCGGGGACGGCCUGCAGAGCCUCCAGUAACUCCUGCGACCUGCCUGAAUUCUGCACCGGUGCCAACCCUCACUGCCCAGCCAAUGUGUAUCUGCAUGACGGUCACCAGUGCCACCGUGUGGACGGCUACUGUUACAAUGGCAUCUGCCAGACCCACGAGCAGCAGUGCAUCACCCUCUGGGGACCAGGCGCUAAACCUGCUCCUGGGAUCUGCUUUGAGAGAGUCAACUCUGCUGGCGAUCCCUAUGGAAACUGCGGCAAGGACUCCAAAAGCUCCUUCGCGAAAUGUGAAAUGCGAGAUGCUAAAUGUGGGAAAAUCCAAUGCCAAGGAGGAGCCAGUCGACCGGUCAUUGGUACCAAUGCCGUUUCCAUAGAAACCAACAUCCCCCUGCAGGAAGGAGGCAAGAUCCUGUGCCGUGGUACCCAUGUGUACCUGGGAGAUGACCUGCCAGACCCUGGGCUCGUGCUGGCUGGCACGAAAUGUGAAGACGGCAAACUCUGCCUCAAUCGCCGAUGUCAGAAUAUCAGUGUAUUUGGGGUCCACGAAUGUGCCACAAAGUGCCACGGACGUGGAGUUUGCAACAGUAACAAGAAUUGUCAUUGUGAGGCUGACUGGGCCCCACCAUUUUGUGACAAACCGGGCUUUGGCGGGAGCAUUGAUAGCGGGCCCAUGCGGCAAGCAGAUAAGCGAGGUCUGACGGUGGGCAUCCUGGUGACGUUCCUCUGCCUUCUGGCUGCUGGCUUGGUCACGUAUCUCAAGAGGAAAACCCUGAUCCGGCUGCUCUUUACUAACAAAAAGACAAAGACGACAAUUGAAAAACUAAGGUGUGUGAGUCCAGCUCGGCCAUCCGGCGUCGCGGAACCAAAUCAUACCCGGACCACGAACCUCAGCCAUGGUCUGCUCAGAAAGCCCCCACACACCAACAUGCCAAAGAAGGAGAAUUGCAGAAGAUUACCAAAGUAUCAGAACAUUGAUAUCAGCAACCCAGUCAAGACCCUUGACUCUUCACCUUCUCGCCUCCUGGUGCCCCUUCAUCAGGGGCCCAGUCAUCAGAACGUGCCCGUGAGACCCCUCCCAGCCAACCCUCCAAUCAGACAGGCCCAGGGAAUGCAUAAGCCAAGCCCUCCCCAGAAGCCUUUGCCUGCAGACCCUCUGAGCAAAACCAGCCGGCUUCAUGAGGCCUCCAGGAGAGCGCCUGGGCAGCGGGAACCCAGCCAUCGCAUCAUACCCACGAGACCUGCCCCUCAGCAUCCGCCACAAGCGCCCAGACCCUCCUACGCUGCCUGCAUGAAAUGAGAAGGAAACGGGCCCCUUGGUUCAACGGUGAAGACAGAAGUUUGCACUAUCUUUCAGCUCCAACCGGAGUGCCUUUUUUGUAUCAAUCCUUCGAAUGUUUGAUGUUGAAAACACCAUUGUUUCUAAGAACUUUGAGCUCCUGCCUUCAGUACUGUGCUGUGCUAUGGUGCUUUGGGGACUUGCUCAGGUACUUUUAAAUUAUUAAUUUAUGAUGAAUAUUUAUUACGGUGCGGUGCACUGUAGUAGAUAUUUUUUUUUUACCAUCUCUAAGUUUUCCUUGGAAGGAAAUCUUCUCGUUGUUUUUAAUAUUUCAGUGAACUUGAAACAUUGCGCUUUGUGGGAUUCUAGGCCAAGGGUUAGCUUUCUUGAUCUCUGCUUUACUGCAGGAGUGGCAUGAAUGGAUAAGCAGCCAACUUCUCAUCGUGAUCGUUAGGACAGCCAAACAUGUACGACCUUCCCAAGCGUGAGCCUUUCAUUAAGCAGGGGAGGCCCGAGUUCUGUCUCUAGCCAAACGAACAGCAGGUGUCUCAAGUCAGCACACUUCUCUUUGAGCAUCCCUUCCACACUUAGCUCGCAGGGUAGCACCAGCCUCCACUGAUGUGGGCAAGGGGCAUAUUGGAAGCUCUACUCUAAACCAGUCGGUCUGCCUCCAGUGGCACAGGCAGGGAAGGAUGCGGUUUCAUACCAGGAAUAAUUAAACAUUGGAAAUAACUUCAUCCUCGGGUGGGGAUGGAGGUGGGACAACACUUGAGGAAGGUAAGGGGCAGAAGUGACCACCCAGGACAUAAUUGCAGGAGUCCUAUUUCCUGCAAUUGAAGCACAGCUUCUGAAGCUUCCUGGACUGACUGGUCACGAGCCCAGCCUGAAAUGAGGCAGCAGAUCCAUUAUUUGGCCACUAGGUUUGUCUGUGCCAAGUCACUCUUGAUGCUUCUAGUUUUGGAGACAUGUGAGAGCUGGGGUUCACAUGCUGUUUGGACUGAGAAAGGUAGCAUGUCUCUACAAGUUACAGUAGUUUGGGCAAGACUGUUACUGACCAGGUACUGUAAAUAGUCUCCUUCCAUUGCCAGGGGGCUAACCAGAUCACCUCAUUGUUUACUCAACUGUAAUGCAGUCAUUCUGGAUUCAUGUGGAUGGACCAGCCUUUCCCUGGGCCCAGAAUUAUUUUCAGAUGUGAACUAAUAACUAGAUAUAUCCAAUCAAUACUCUAGAGAAAUUCCUUUUUUACUGCAGUGUUCAGGCUUAUUAAAAACUGGUUAUUAUAUGUGCAUCAGUUCUAAGAAAAUGGAGUCACGUAUCCAUUAGUAUCUCCAUGCAUAUCCCUAGCGUUUGAGAUACAUUGUAUCUAUCACUUAUCACUUUUCUUUAUAAAAUGUUACCCUGGGUUUUCUUUGGCGCCAUCUCCAUCUCCCAGACUCGACAGGAGGAAUCUUGAAGGUUCUAGCAUAUAUAGGUUUUUUAAGAGCUCUCUGCAUCUUCCUACCUGUUGAACAUCACAGGAUGGGAGAAAGAAAUCAGUUUCCUCGCCCUAGCUAGGCAUAAACCCAGGCCUGGCCAGUUACCCCUCAAACCCUCCAACCCACAUGUAGAGAGCCAGCUUCCCUGGGAGAACUUUAAAAAGCUCCUGCCUGGUUCCAUGGAGCCCACAAGAAAGACAUCUUUGUUGAGGUCCCAUUGUGCCCUCCAGGGCCCCCUAGUGGCCCCAUCUGCGACUGCAGUUUUCAGCUUUCAUGCAGCUGACCAGAGUUUCAUAAUUCAUUUUAAGAGCUUUGAGAUAAAGACUUUUUUCCUCUCAUUUCAAAGGUUUUUCUGCACCUUGAGUCAGGAAAAUAAAAUGCCUAUGGGCUAUUUCUGGGUUUUUCUCUCCAGAAGAGUUGUAUCUACCUUUCCUCAUGCUUACCACGGUAUCUAGGCAACAAUGCAUUCGUGUUUAUGGAUAAACCAGAUGCCAGUCACCCACACUCACUGAAGCAGUUUGAGGAUCCCCCUUCAGUCCAUCUCAGCUCUUCAGGAGUGCCUCGGUUCAUAACACAAUGACCGGGUUCUUUCUGUUCAUUCUGAAGACAUGUUGGAAAAUAUUAUUGUUGUGAUAUUUAUAGUAAACUUGGGGAAUCGCUUUAGUUGUUCUCUGCAUUUGUAUUAGGUUUGGUAAUUGUGCUGAAACCAAAGCAGGUGCUAUUGAAAAUGUUUACAAAAUGUUUGGGGUGCAUUUUGGGUAUUCUUUUGUAGAGUGAUAUUAAUGCCUUAGGUCUGGCCCCUCCUACUGCCAGCAAGAGGAUGCCCACUCAAAACAAUCUCCUUCUAGCUGUACUGUCUGGGAUUGUAGUUAUUCAAUUUAUGCAAAUAAUUUUUUAAGAAUAUUAAAGCUGUGAUCUUACUUCCCAUGAUUAAUAGCCAUUUGGGGCUGCCAAUGACAUCUAUAUUUACAUAUUUCUGAUGACUGAUAUGAGCCACUCCAAUGAGGUCCAUUUUUAAAAUACCCAUAAAUGGAGAGCUUCCCUAUGGGGAAGCAGGAAUUCUUAUGAAAGGGGCACUACUAGAAGUACUGUAUCUAUCCAAGUAAGGCAUUUUAUGUGGACCUUUCAUUUCAAUAUGAUUUUUUGCCAAUUCCCAUGUCAGGGUAUAGUAUAGGGUACUGGAGGAGAGGGGCAGGCAGAGGGGAAGAUCCUUCUUCAUAAGCAGAGUUCAAAACAACAACCAGAGUGUGUCUGAAGUGGUUGGAUUAUUAUUAUUAUUAAUUUACUGAGGUAUGAGCAAAAAUCAGCUGCCAUACCAUUAUCCUAGGAUAUUUGUAAACUUUUUCAGGGGGAUCACCAAGUAAUUCUGAGUUGUAGUUCACAAGUGAAAAACUUCUCUGUUCUAACUAGUGAAGUCUCAGUCUCUCAUAGUGGGAGGUCUGCAGCUUGGUUUUUCAAGCAUUUAAUUUAGAAUUCACCAUUUAAAGUUUUUUUUUAAUCCAUUUGUUUUCCUGACAUAUGGAAUCAAGCCUGAUGUAACAAGGAGGCACAACACACAACAUUUUCCAUUAUCAAAAUAUUUCAGCGGGGGAGGCUCUGCUACUCGGUCUGAAUCUCUUCAGCUCACACAUGUGCAGUGACAUCACACCAACCACAAAAGUAACAAAUUAAACUACAAGAGAAUAGCUGCUCAGGCAAUUCUCAGAGGGAACAUUUUUAUGCCUCCUUGACUUUAUUAGGAAUCCUCGGACUAAAACGACAGACCAUUGUUCUGGAAAACUGGCAACCUUUCCCACCCUCUCAGUACUGGACAGUGUCAAUGAACAGUUCAGAACAUGGCAUCCCCAUGAAGACCAAGGUCUGAUUCUGGGAUGCCCUGAAUACCUGGUUUGUAAACUCAACUUUCAAUGAAUGUUGCCCCAGCCAUUUGAAGCGAUGAGUCACUUCCAGAAAACAUACAGGAAAGAGCCAAUGGCUAGCCAGUCUAGGUCUUUCAAACACAAUUCAACCUUUUUUUUUAAUCUUUCCACUUUUUAUUUAUAAUUUAUCUAAUUUUCUAGGGCCUCAUACAGGGCCAGCCCUGGGCAAAAUUGUGAAGUGUCUCCCACUUCCCCUUUUUUACAGGGUCUGAUUUCCUAUCUUUACCCAGCUUUGCACCCUUCCUUCUGGGGCCUCCAAGGCCUUCAUCACUUACACCAAAACUUGCUGACCUUAUAUCAAUGUUUCAGGGCCCUUGACCUCUGAUUAGUCAUUCUUAAUAAUAAUAAUAAUUAUAAUUAUAAUGAACACCUACAUAUAUAUAUAAAACACUAUA